CAACAACGUUUUUUAAAAAUUUAAAUUUUGAACUUUUAAAAUUGGAUUUUUCACAAAGUUAUAAUCCCCCCUCAUUUCAACUCAACGGCAGUAAGUGCACGGCCGCAACUCUUAAAGUAAAAUUAUUAAAAUUAUUAACGAAAUACAUCUCCUUCUGCAAAAUGGAUAAGCUCGAUACUUACAAACAACAAUUGGAGAAGGAAUUAUCUGAUGAUUCGAAACCAUGGACCAAAUACUUUAAAAUGAUUGAGGAAAAGACAAACGUGAAUAAAAUUUACAUUUUUGGUGGACUUGUUGGAUUCAUUGCCUUAUACUUAGCUUUUGGAUAUGCAGCUGAAAUUUUGUGUAAUGUUAUCGGAAUUGCUUAUCCAGCCUAUAUUUCAAUGAAAGCAGUGGAGACAAAAGAAAAGACAGAUGACACUAAAUGGUUGACAUAUUGGGUGAUCUUCGCUACGUUCUCAACUAUUGAAUUCUUCUCACUUUACAUCACUAGAAUCAUACCUUUCUACUGGCUUAUUAAAUGCGUUUUCUUUGUCUGGUGCAUGGCUCCUAUUGAAAAUAAUGGAAGUGUUGUUGUAUACUACAAAGUCAUCAGGCCAUACUUCUUAAAACAUGAGUCAGCUGUCGAUAACUUGAUCGGAAAUGCAACUGACACCUUAAAGAAAGGAGCAGAAGGAAUGUUCAAGAAGAGUAAUUAAAUCCACACAGUUCAUCAUCAAAUCAAGUUUUUAAAAAUCAUUACAAACUAUUGAAAUCUUUUUAAACUUAAAACAAUCGAAUUCUCGAAAUAUUGUCGAUGUCAAAUUUCAUUAUAAAAGUUGCCUUUAUUUGUAAAAGUAGUGAGAAGCAUGUUGCUGCUGAUGAGAAUUUUGUCAAUAAAUAAUUGCUAUUUGGACUAAAAAUAUGUGAAUUAUAACCGAAAGAUUUGUUUUUGCUAAUGAUUCAUUAUUGUGUGUAGGAACGAGGAGCAACACUUUCGGGAUUUUUUUUUGUCACAACAAUAAAAGUCCGAAAAUCA